UCUUCUUCCGCGCUGAUAAAUUGUGUUUACAAGCGUUCAUUUUCUUCAGAAGUUUGUUGUGAAGCGCAGAAAAGAGAGUCAAGAGAGUCACGCGCACAUCAAAAUGAAAGGCUACAUUAUCCUUGUAUUGCUCGCUUUCACCAGUCUCCACAGCUCUAUUGGCUCUCUGGUGGUUAAAGGCCCAACAGAGCCGGUUUUGGAAGGAGAGGAUGUGACGCUGGAGUGUGUGGACACAGAAUCUAAGCUGAAUAUAAGCUCGGUGCACUUUGAGCGGCUCUCUAAGUACAUGAGGACAUGGUUUCGUCUCGAAUCAGAAGACGUGUACUUAUAUCGCAGGUGUUUUCUGUAUGAUGUGAGCGUGAAAAGAGAGGAGGGCAAGCUAUUUGUCCAAAUUCCCAACAUCCAGUCCUGGUCUGAUGGUCCAUACCGCUGCGUGGUUGAGAACUCUUCUGCACCAGAUAAUUCCUCCGAAUCCUUCACUAUCCCCGUCCACUAUAUGCGAGAGGUAGCAGUUCACCGGACUGGUUUAGGCUACCUUACCCGCUAUUACAGUGCGGUGCAGGAGCUGAAAGUUCGAUUGGGGGAUGACGUGGAACUGGAAUGUUCUACUUCUGCUUCUGAGAAACCGGAUUACUUCUGGACCAAAGAGGGAGAGGUCUGGGUUAUGCCUGUCACUAAGCUGAAGCUGGAGAAGGUGAAGAGGGAGGAUGGAGGCAGAUACACCUGUACAGCUCAGUCCCCCACUGUGGAAUCCCUUAUGAAGAAACGUACCAUCAGCAUCACUGUGCUGCCAGAGGAUGCAGCAUGGUAUGAGUCCACCACUGGUCAAGUUUAUCUCAUAUGUGCUGUAGGAUUGGUCGUUCUGGUGAUUGCGAUUUCCAUGAUCACAUACCUCUGCCGCCGAGCCAAACAAAAUAACUGCAAGGGACCCAUUGAUGACCGCUCCCAGAAGAAACCUAUCUACAAAUCCAGCGUGGAGUCUCUGCCCUCCACCUCUUCUGACAGCCAGCCACUGGUAUAAAGAGCGAGAUUGAUGAAGGAGAGAACUGAAGACAAGAAGGAAUAGAAUAGAGAAUAUUGAGUGGAGAAGACUUAAUGAACAUUUUGUCCAUAGAUUUUAUGUUCUGGGGUCUUUAUUCAGAUAAAUAAUUAAGAGACUAUAUAGUGAAUGAGAAUGUAUACAUAGGUGGAACAGAUUAUCGUUUUAUCAACUUAGGUUGUGUCCAGUGUGAAUUACAAAAGGUGUGCAAUUUAUUUCUCAAUCUAUCUAUUGAUUUGACAGACUUGCUAAAUUUGAGAGCUGACUUAAAAUGAUUAUUAACAUUUCUUUCCAGCAAACUCAUUAUCUGCAGGCUAUCAGAUUACAUAGAUAAAGAUUUUUUUUAGAUAUUGCUUUAAGUAAAUGGAAAAUGUUCUGCUUCACUUGGAAGGAUAGUAAAUAAGAUCUCGACUAAUACUCGACCAGUUGCUUUAUGCACUUUGACUGUAAUACUUGCACAAGUGUGAUUUUGUUCUGUUGUUGUUUUGUUGAUUUCUUUUGUUCUGUAUCUUUGAAUUUAAAUAAAUUUGGCAACAUAUUUA